AUGCCGCUCUACUCCGUUACUGUGAAAUGGGGAAAGGAGAAAUUUGAAGGUGUAGAACUGAAUACUGAUGAACCUCCAAUGGUGUUCAAGGCUCAGCUUUUUGCACUGACUGGAGUCCAGCCGGCCAGACAGAAAGUUAUGGUGAAAGGAGGAACACUGAAGGACGAUGAUUGGGGGAACAUCAAAAUGAAAAAUGGAAUGACUGUACUAAUGAUGGGGUCAGCAGAUGCUCUUCCUGAGGAACCCUCAGCUAAAACUGUCUUUGUAGAAGACAUGACAGAAGAACAGUUAGCAUCUGCUAUGGAAUUACCAUGUGGAUUGACAAACCUUGGUAAUACUUGUUACAUGAAUGCUACAGUUCAGUGUAUUCGUUCUGUGCCUGAACUCAAAGAUGCCCUUAAAAGGUAUGCAGGCGCCUUGAGAGCUUCAGGAGAAAUGGCGUCAGCACAGUAUAUUACUGCAGCCCUUAGAGAUUUAUUUGAUUCCAUGGAUAAAACUUCUUCUAGUAUUCCACCGAUUAUUUUACUGCAGUUUUUGCACAUGGCUUUUCCACAGUUUGCAGAGAAGGGCGAACAAGGACAGUAUCUUCAGCAGGAUGCUAAUGAGUGUUGGGUACAAAUGAUGCGAGUAUUACAGCAGAAAUUGGAAGCUAUAGAAGAUGAUACUGUUAAAGAGACAGAUUCUUCAUCUGCAUCAGCAGUGACACCUUCUAAAAAGAAAAGUUUAAUUGAUCAGUUCUUUGGAGUUGAAUUUGAGACAACCAUGAAAUGUACAGAAUCUGAAGAAGAAGAAGUCACUAAAGGAAAGGAAAGUCAGCUUCAGCUUAGCUGUUUCAUCAAUCAAGAAGUCAAGUAUCUUUUUACAGGACUUAAGUUGCGACUUCAGGAAGAAAUCACCAAACAGUCUCCAACAUUGCAAAGAAAUGCUUUGUACAUCAAAUCGUCCAAGAUCAGCCGGUUACCUGCUUACUUAACUAUUCAGAUGGUUCGAUUUUUUUACAAAGAGAAGGAAUCUGUGAAUGCUAAAGUUCUUAAGGAUGUGAAAUUUCCUCUUAUGUUGGAUGUAUAUGAACUAUGUACACCAGAACUUCAAGAGAAAAUGGUCUCUUUUCGAUCAAAAUUCAAGGAUCUAGAGGAUAAAAAAGUAAAUCAGCAGCCAAAGACAGGUGACAAAAACAGUAGUCCUCAAAAAGAAGUUAAGUAUGAACCCUUUUCUUUUGCUGAUGACAUUGGCUCCAAUAAUUGCGGAUACUAUGAUUUACAAGCAGUGCUAACACAUCAGGGAAGGUCUAGCUCUUCAGGCCAUUAUGUAUCAUGGGUGAAAAGGAAACAAGAUGAGUGGAUCAAGUUCGAUGACGAUAAGGUCAGCAUCGUGACACCAGAGGACAUCCUACGACUCUCUGGCGGUGGCGACUGGCACAUAGCUUAUGUCCUCCUCUAUGGGCCUCGCAGAGUGGAAAUCAUGGAAGAGGAAAGUGAACAGUAA